UCAACACCUGCGUUGAGUACCUUCAAUACCAUUUCGGAUCGCAGAAUAGCAUGGAGAAGGAGUUGCAAAGGCUGCGAGAGAAUCACUGCAAGAUCCAAGCUCUCCUCUCUGCUUCCAACGAAGCACACAUCGCAGAUCAGAACUCGGCACUCAACAGCUGGAUGUGGCAGCUACGAGAUGCUAUCGAUGAGGCCGAUGAUUUGCUCGAUGAGUUUGAGUACCUGAAGCUCAAAGAACGGGCGACCGAACAAAAUAUGGAGGAAACAAAGAAGCGUUCCGCCGCCACUAGUUUCCUUUUUGAAAGAGCUAGAAAACUUCGCAAAUUAGGCGGACGUGCCCUCAAAAUUGACUGCAACUUGAAGAGGCUGGUGGAGGCUGUGCAGAAACUUGAUAAAGUUUCGGCUGAGGUAAGUGCUUUCUUUCCUAUUUUAAUAGAAACAAAGCAGGUGCAGCAGGCGAAGGAGCAGCAGCUUUGCGACGAUCGUGCAAGCGGAUCCUACCCUGGUUUUGUUUUCAUCGGUCGAGGCAAGGAAAAAGAGUUUGUUAUGCGCUGGUUGAAGGAACCAUCAAUUGAAGAUCUAACCGGCACUAGUUCUAACAAAAACAUUUCUCUUUUGUCUAUAGUGGGUCAUGGUGGUAUGGGGAAGACCACUCUCUUACACCAUGUCUUUCAAGAUGUGAAAGACGAAUUUGAUCUUAAAAUGUGGUUUUGUGUUUCCAACACUUUGGACUUUGAUGCGAAAAAAGUCAUUGCUGAUAUGUUGGAACAUGUUAAGAAGACGAGGCCUCGGCUUGAGUCACUUGCUGUUCUUCAAGAGAAUCUCAAGUCUGAAGUGCAGUGCAAGAAGUUCUUGCUUGUUCUUGAUGAUAUUUGGGAGGAUGAGGAGGAGAGGGAUAAACGCAAAUGGGAGAACGUGCUCUCCCCUCUGGCUUAUGGAAAAUUGGGGAGUAAAAUUUUGGUCACAACUCGGAUGGAUUCAGCUGCAUCGAUGAUUGCCAAGGUGAUUAGAAUGAAGAAGGAAACAUUUAGACUAGGGGGCUUGGAGGAAGAUGAGUGUUUGCAGCUCCUUAACACCCAUGCAUUCGCUGAUGAAAAUAACGGUGAUGAUCAUCAACAAUUAAGAUGCAUUGCUAGAAACAUGGUUAAAAAGCUUUUGGGGUCUCCAUUGAUAGCAAAGGUCAUUGGUGCUGUUCUAAAUUCUAGCUUGAAUGUGGAGCAUUGGAAAAGAAUUUUAAAGAGUGAUAUUGGAAGUGCCGAACCAGAGGAGGUUCAUAAUAACAUCAUGCCAAUCUUGAGACUAAGUUAUAAAUACCUCGAGAAACAUCUACAAAUUUGUUUUGUAUUUUGUGGAUUAUUCCCCCAAGAUCAUUGCUUUGAUAAAAAUGAUUUAGUCCGAAUGUGGAUUGCAUUGGGUUUCAUUCAGCCGUCUUUCAAUUCAGGAGAGAUCAUGGAAGAUGUCGGAAGAAGAUAUAUUGAUAUUUUAGUCAAAAAAUCUUUCUUUGAAAAUACUCGGACUUUUGAUAAUAAUUCCUGCAAGAUGCAUGACUUAUUACAUGAAUUGGCACAAUCUGUUUCUGCACAGGAAUACUUCCAUUUUGUGGAAAAUAUAAAGUUGCCUUUUCAUAUUCCUAAAACUACUCGACACUUAUCUAUUCAAACUACAAAUCUACAAAUCAUGAGAAAAAUUAGAGAAUUAAAAAAUUUGCGUUCGAUGUUUUUUUGGUUUGACAGAGAAGAUCAAGAUUUUAUUGAUGUACUUACUGAAAUUUUUAAAGAAUCGACAAGUAUUCGUUUGGUGUUCAUAAGAUCUCCCUCGUUGAGAGUAAUACCUGAGGCGAUUGAAAAUUUAAUGCAUCUUCGAUACUUGAACAUAUCAAGAAGUUAUGUUACUCAACUGCCAAGAUCUUUAAGCAGUCUGUAUCAUUUGCAGUUCAUUAUCUAUCAAAUUUAUUCUGUGAUACCUUCUAAUGAUCUCUUACCAAGAGACAUUAAUAAACUUUCUAAUUUGCGUUACAUGGAAAUGCCUCGGAAUGUCUUUUCUUGGAUCCAUGGGUUUGGGAAGUUAAACUCUCUUCAAAAAUUGGAUGCGUUUUAUGUUAAGAAUGAAGAUGGUUAUAGAAUUGGGGAGCUGGAACAUAUGAACGAUCUCCGCUUAUUAAAUAUCAAAUUUCUUGGAAGUGUGAAGGAUGCCAAAGAGGCAUGCAGUGCCAAAUUAUGUGAAAAGAGAAACCUCUUGGAAUUGUCUUUAGAUUGGGGUGACACUGAGCUAGUAAGUCAAACCCCAUCGAACAUUGUAGAUUGCUCCUUUCACGAGCAGGUAUUUGCAAAUCUUCAACCACAAAACAAUCUAAAGAAACUCUGCAUACAUGCAUAUAUGGGUGCAAGGUCUGCAACGUGGAUGGACAAUGCCAAUUUGAUCUCCAAUCUAAACUUCAUCCAUCUAGAUAAGUGUUUGGAGUGGGAAACUCUUCCGCCUUUUGGGCAGCUUCCCUUCCUCAAGUGUUUGUUCCUUUGGAACAUGCCAAAAGCAAAGCGUCUUAAUCACCAAUUUCAAGGGAAAGCCAAACAUUGUGUGUUUCCAUCACUGCAACUGCUACAUAUUAGAAAAUUAGAUGCAUUAGAGGAUUUGUUUGAUACAGCCGGAGCAGCAGAAGAUGACGGUUUCUUUCCUUGCUUUACUCAGCUUUACCUCAUAGAUUGCCCAAAUUUGCAUCAGUUUCCCUUUUUCCCUCCUAAGCUCAAAACAUUAACGAUCAAUAAUAUUGGGUGGAAAGCUUUGAACCGUCGCUGUCCAUGCCUGGCAUCUCUUCCUCUAGCUGAUGAAAUAGUAAGACUUGAAGCACUGAGAAACUUGACAAUUCAAAAUUGCCCCGCUCUGAUCUCUCUCUCUCUCAAUGGACUGCAAGAAGCAAAGUUCAUUGAGAAUCUCCGACUCAUAUUGGGCAAUCUUAGUAUAACUGAUCCAUCUUUGUUGCUAAUGGAGCCACUGAGAAGUAUCACCUCCUUGGAACGGCUGACAAUUGAGGAUAAUGAUGAGGUGGUUGCAUUUCCAUUUGAGGUGGAACAGUGGUUUCUGCAAGUUAGCUCGUCACUUUGUAAGUUGUUUUUAAGAAGGCUCAAAUCCUUGAAGUCUCUCCCUUCCUCCUUGAAAAGCCUCUCUUCACUUAAGACUCUACAUGUGUAUAUGGCUCCUCUACUCGAGUUGUUGCUGAACAUACCCACCUCUCUGGAAUACUUAGUGCUUCAAGAACUCGAAUCAUUGCAGUGCCUGCCAUAUUCUUUGUCGGCCAUCUCAUCCCUCAAGCAGCUACGCUUAGUUGGAAUUCCGCUCCUCAAAUCAUUGCCAGACCUCCCUGACUCUUUGUUGGAGUUGUAUCUACAUGAUCUCGCUCAACUAGAUUGCCAGCCUUCUUCCCUUGCAACCCUAUCUUCUCUCCAAAAACUUUACAUCAUAAAAGUUCCUAAACUCCGAGAACUACCAAACCUCCCUCACUCCUUGGUAUAUCUGACAAUACAUGACUGUCAACAAGAAUUGAUGGAGCGCUAUGAAGAGCUUUCAGGAUCUGAUUGGCACAAGAUUGCACUCAUUCCUUAUGUUUAUAUUUCGUAG